ACAUUCGUAUGGUCUGUUGAAAUUGCAUUCAAAGAUUCAAAGUGAAAAUUAUCGAAAUAUAUAUUUUCGAGUAAAUACGAAUUCAAAGAAGGAUUAUUCCGUUAACCUUUUAAGAACGGGGAUUUUCACGUUAAAAUCGAACUCUUUUUUACACUAAAUAUGUGCACAAUAUUGAUGAAUUUUUCAAGCGGAGUGUCCGAGCAAACUAGUGGUCGAUAUUUCGACCAGAUCCGUCCUGCAAAGGUUAAACGCGGAAUCUGCUAAAUAGUCGAUCGGAAAUAAGAAUUUCGAAAUACUUAUUUUUCCAAUUUUAUCCAAUCUGAUAUGCGACAACUUAAAAAAUUUCGAAAUAUCGACCGUUCUACAAUUUGGUUAUUCGUCAUAUCGAACUCUACCCGGUGACCUUUACCGGGUUCAAUGUCACCGUGGCUCAUUGGCUUUGUAGUAGGCGGAUUAGCCGACAGCUCCUCCCCAUAGGAGGUUGAGCAUCCGUCGUCUCGACCCACCAGUGCAUAGCGAAAUGUCCACGAGUCCCCCUGGUAAAGGUCGAAAUCCAGUGACUCCGCCUUUGAAAAAGCCGAGCGUUUAGUCUUUGAAAAAGCUGAGCCACGCGAAUGUAGUUAAACUGAAGGAAGUGAUCCGGGAGAACGACGUGCUGUACUUCGUCUUCGAAUACAUGAAGGAGAAUCUUUAUCAACUGAUGAAAGAUCGGUCGAAGCUCUUCCCAGAGCCCGUAAUCAGAAACAUGGUCUACCAGGUACUUCAAGGCUUGGCGUUUAUGCACAAGCAUGGUUUCUUUCAUCGGGACAUGAAGCCCGAAAAUUUGUUGUGCAUGGGUCCGGAGCUCGUUAAAAUAGCCGACUUUGGUCUGGCCCGUGAGAUCCGUUCGCGACCGCCGUACACGGAUUACGUUUCAACGAGAUGGUACCGGGCACCGGAGGUCUUGCUACACUCGACGACGUACAACAGUCCCAUUGACAUCUGGGCCGUUGGCUGCAUCAUGGCAGAGCUGUACACCUUCCGACCCCUCUUUCCGGGUAAGAGCGAAAUCGAUGAAAUAUUCAAAAUCUGUUCAGUCAUCGGGACUCCUGAGAAGGACGAUUGGCCAGAGGGUUACCAACUCGCAGCUGCGAUGAACUUCAAAUUUCCAGUCUUGAGUCGAAUACCCUUGAAGGAUCUCAUCCCAAACGCGAGCCACGAAGCGAUCGAACUGAUCGACGAUAUGCUCCAGUGGAAUCCGAUAAAACGGCCCAGCGCCCAACAGUCUUUGAGAUAUCCUUAUUUUCAAGUCGGCGGGCCACGGGGCGUCAGCAGUAAACGAGUGGGUGUAAACGCUCACCGUGAACUCAUUAUGAACAAGGUCAAUAUCCCACCGAUGGGACCUCUCCACGAUUACGCGCGACAAGAUUUCAGUGAAGACAACAACUCAAGGUCAACGGACAAAGUGAUUGUUCAACCUCAACAGCAGCCGGUUUUGCCCUUGCUCAAUCACAAUAAUCGCAAAAGGGACAGUUCCUUGAAAUGGGACGAAGAAGAUUUCGCCAAUAUUUUAGGAAGCAAGUUGAUUACCGAAAACCAGCAACCAACGAGACUCCUGUCGAGCCGGCUCUACAAGGAAAAUCGUGUCGACUGGAACGAGAAGAACGGCGCUCUGAUCGACAUGCCCAAAGACCUGAGCACCAAUUGGGCAACGCCAGCGUGGAACGAGAGACAAUCGUCAAGAAGCUGGAAUCAGUCGCAAACGAAUUUGAAAAACAUUCGGAAAGUUUCUGCUAAGCAGCACUACCUUAGUGUGGCCCGGUACGUCGCAGGCCAAAGCACAAAUCUCUCAUCCAGGAACGGCGAAGGGGAUGCGGGCAGAUCGAGAGUACUAGUUAAUGGUAUCGCUGCUCAAGUACCCGGUGAAAAAUUCACGGACGAUUUCAUGCCCGAAACUUAUUGGGGAGCGCGAGACAACAUCGAGAGUCAAACUCGUCAGCAUUAUCUUGCAAGAAAUAGGUACAUCGCUGAGCAAAACGGACGAUUGCCUUAUCCGAGUGUCUACGGUACUCAAAACGCCAAAACGAUGAACAAGACGACGAUGCAGACGAAUUUGUUCGGUAGUGUUUUGAGCUCGAGGCCGAGCGGUGGAGUCCACGGAAGGACAGAUUGGGCAGCCAAGUACCUCAAGUGACUGGCCCAUCGCAAUGAGCCAAUUUUGUGAAGUUACAUUAACGAGAGGCCAAAGUGUUUUUAACAUUGAGGACUAUGAAAAAAUAUACCUUGGGGUUCCUGAUCAUGGUCCAAGAUCGUCGGAUGACGAUCAGUCGCUGUAUCAAGACUUUAUCCAAAGCCGAAGUGUCAGGAGGCUGCGACCACGAUCAUCCGAGGAACGCGAAAGAUAAAGAAUCUUAUGGAAGUCCUGUGCAUUACUCAACAACUGGCAACUAGUGUCAUAUUCAUGUAUAUUUGUACUUAUACUUACGUGUAUCAUACAUAUAGCUGGUCUAUUAUUUGUAUAUAAUUAAAUAAGCUGGUAACAUUAUAUACGUGAGGAGUAGCGAUCGAGAGCAAAAAAACUAAUGAAAAAACAAAAUUUCGAAAUUACGAUCCGAAAACAAUGUCCCUGCAGUCACGAGCUUUGUUGUCGCAAGGCUGUGAUCGGCUCAUUAUUUUCCUGCCAAAAAAAUACGCUUGAGCCUCAGCGUUUAAGGCUUUUCCUCGUUGUCUCUAUUAUGAUGAAUAUAUAUGCAUAAAUCUAAAUACAUAUGUUCAUAUUACUAUGUACAAUUGAA